UAUAGAUAGAUAGAUAUAAACACACACAAACAUAUAUAUAUACAUAUCAAGGAUGUUUCGUCGAAAACAUGGGAAGAAGACGGUUGAGGAAGAGGACGACGUAUUUCCGGUGUACUCUCAGCAAUCACAAGAGGAUAUGACCGCCAUUGUCUCCGCCCUGUCUCAAGUCAUCGGCAGUGACGAGACCACUAACAAUAGUCAUGGUGAAAUGGCAUACUCCACUUCUUCUGCUGUUGAAAACCAACCACCACCGGUUAUUCAACAAUCACCAGACCCGAACCAGAGGAGGAGACACUACAGAGGAGUAAGGCAACGACCAUGGGGUAAAUGGGCAGCCGAGAUUCGCGACCCACAGAAGGCCGCUCGGGUGUGGCUCGGCACCUUCGAGACCGCAGAAGACGCAGCCAUUGCUUACGAUGAAGCUGCUCUUAGGUUUAAAGGUAACAAAGCAAAACUCAACUUCCCUGAAAGGGUUCAACCAGGGCGGUCCGAGUUAGGUUAUCUAACCACCUUUCCCCACCACCUUCAGUCACCACCUCCUCAACCUCAGCCAUCGUAUCACACCACCGUCGAUCCAAAUCUUGAAAAUUACUCGCAGUUUUAUUUGGGUGCAAAUGAUCAAAUGGGCUAUAAUCCAAAUAUUUUCCAGUCGUUUUCGUCAUCAUCGACAGAUCUACAAGAGGGUAGCUCGUCCGGUUAUGGAUCCAUGCAAUAUUGGCAAGAUUAUGAUCCAAGAAAUAAUUAUUAGGGAAGUCAUGAAAUCAUAUGAUCAUAUCAAUAUCAAAAAGAAAAGUGUUGGCAUCUUUUAUUCAUGUUGUUCGUUAAUUUGUAACUUCCUUGUAAGGUUGCUAAUCAAUUUCAAAA